AGCAGAUGCUAUCAGAAAUUUUAUAUAUAUUUUUCCUCUUGUGCUUUUGUUGAUAGGUGUGUCAUUAGGGACGGUUUCCAGAUGUCCCUCGGUAAAACUUGAGAUCUUGCCGUUCAAAUUUUCUGGUUGUGAUUUUACAUGAGCUUCGUAUUGUGGGAUAACAGUGUAGUAAACUGCUGUCAUGUUACAACAGCUGACAUAAGAUCACCCAGGCUGCAGUAUAGUGCUUGUUGACGGUGGACUUCCCAACUGCAUAAAACGUUUCUCCAGUCACUGGGACCCUACAUCGUUGGCGAGAAGCUUUUAUGCUGAAAGUAAUGGUCGGAUGUGUUGUACCUUAAUUUUGGCGGCUUGAUAGAAGUCUGGAACGGAUGACCGACUCGGUGACGGUAACCGCAAUUUAGGCAACAUGGGAGAUGUUGUGGGAUUUAUCUUGAACGGAUUUUAAAAACCGUCGGGAAAAUGGCCGAGAGGUUGGAGUGGGUGGAAAUUAUUGAGCCACGGACACGGGAGCAUAUGUAUGCCAAUCUGCUAACGGGUGAGUGCGUGUGGGACCCACCACAGGGUGUUUGCAUCAAGCGUACCGGUGAGAACCAGUGGUGGGAGCUGUUUGACCCCAAUACUUCACGCUUCUACUACUAUAACGCCUCCACCCAACGCACAGUGUGGCAUCGGCCUCAGGGAUGUGACAUCAUACCCUUGGCCAAGCUGCAGACUCUGAAGCAGAACACAGAUGCCACCAUCACUCGUCCUCCAGGUGGCGGGCGGCGAGCAUCUGCUGACAACAGCCCAGGACGGAACAGCGAAGUCAGCCGAGAAGGAAGCACCUCGUCCUCCCUUGACCAGGAGCUGUCCGAAAAACAAGGCAACAGAGAGGAGGCAGAUAGGACCUCUCCCUUCAGGUGGAAUACUGGUACAAAAGAGCGAAUGCUGAUCAAGGUGACAGACAGAGAGCCUAGCUUCUUGGCCCAUCAGGGAAAUGGUUACUCUCCCUGUGACCCCUCCAGCCCUAGCACUCCUUCUGGAGGGGGCACCACCUCACGAGCUCGCUGUCCCUCUGGAGGAAACCCUUCUUCAGAACCUGACAGCUCCCCAGUUCUUUAUGCCGACCGCCGUCAGUCUCCUUUUCUUAAGCGGGCAGAGCUGGGUGGCUCAAACACCCAUCGACUCACUUCAGCUGACUCCCAGCCUCCUUCGCCCCGCUACACCUAUGAGCCCCCACUAUAUGAGGAGCCGCCAACAGACUUUCAGCCCCCACCCAUCUAUGAAGAGCCUCCCACUGACAUGCACCUCUCUGAUUCUUCUUCCUUCUACGGCACUGGCAAGUCACCUGCUCGAAAAUCUUCAGUCCCCCUUUACCACUCCCCCAAGCAGGGACAGUCACCCUAUGGCCAGCUGGUUCUGACCAGGCAGAAGUGUCCCGAAAAGACUCAGAGUUUGGAGUACAGUCCUGUGGGCAAGGAAUAUGUUAAGCAGCUGGUGUACGUGGAGCAGUCUUCUUCCAGUCCUCGAUUCAAGACAGCAGACCGUCUUCUGCGUUACGGCACAACCGGUGGCUAUGGAAGUUCAUAUGGGGGGUCCUACACUCUGCAACACAGCCAAUCUCUGAUCAGAGACCCCCGCCUCCUGCUGGACUACAGUGGAGAGGGUGGAGAGGGAAGCCAGAGGUUAGUUUAUGAGGACUCCAUAUCCUGGACGUCCAGCCAGACACAUUCCCUCUCUUCUUCUUCUACAGCCAGGCCUGGGGCUUUCUCUCCCUCUGGCAACCGCAAACGCAAAAGCCGCAAGCCAUCCCUCCCACAGGAACUGACUCGGUAUGGGGAGGUGGAGCUUACUGGGACAGCAUCUGAAGCCAUGCUGGCUCAGGCCAGACUUGCUUGGGAGGCUCAGCAGGUGAUGAAACAGAGGUGCAGUUGGGAUUCUGGGCAGGGAGGUGGUGCUUCCCAAGCUGGCAGCUCUAAAGAUGGCUAUGAGAGCGACGGAGCAGUGCCUCUGCCAUUACCGGGACCAGUGGUGAGGGCGUUCAGUGAGGACGAGGCACUAGCACAGAGCGAUGGCCACCACUGGAAACGAAGUACCUUUGAGCGGCUGGGGUUCCCUCAGGCCCUCCUGGAGAAAAGCCUCUCUGUUCAGACCAACCUGGCCUCCCCUGAACCUUACCUUCAUCCCUCACAGUCAGAGGACCUCGGAGCUUGUGCCCAAUUUGAAGCCAGUCGAAAUGCAAGGAAUAUGAUGCCUAGCGCCAGCUGUGGCAUUUUCCCAGAGUUCACCCUGAGGAAGCCGUCCUCGGAGACCGACAUUGAGAACUGGGCAUCCAAGCACUUCAAUAAACACACACAGGGUCUUUUUAGAAGAAAGGUCUCUAUUGCCAACAUGUUGGCCUGGAGCAGUGAGCCUAUCAAGAAGCCCAUGAUUGUGACUUCAGACCGCAGCGUGAAAAAGGAGGCAGUCGAGAUCUUCAAACUCAUCCAGACCUACAUGGGAGACCGUCGCUCCAAGGCCGACCCCCUUUCUGUGGCUCUGGAGGUUGUGGUGCGUGGGUGGAGUAAUCAGGGUUUGCGUGAUGAGCUCUACAUCCAGCUGUGUCGUCAAACUACAGAGAACUUCCGCUACGACAGCCUAGAGCGAGGCUGGGAAUUGAUGGCCAUCUGUCUAGCUUUCUUUCCCCCGACACCCCGUUUCCAUACUUACCUGGAGGGCUAUAUUUAUCGACACAUGGACCCUCUGAAUGACACCAAAGGUGUGGCCAUUAGCAGUUAUGCUAAAUACUGCUACAGGAAACUGACAAAAGCUGCACUCACUGGAGCCAAGAAGGGUGUGCAGAAACCCUGCAUAGAGGAAAUCAAGCAUGCCAGGAACGCCAUCUUCAACCCUUCCAUGUUUGGGUCCUCCCUUGAGGAGGUCAUGGCACUCCAGAAGGAGCGAUAUCCAGACCGCCAAUUGCCAUGGGUACAGACUCGCCUCUCUGAAGAGGUCCUGUGUCUCAAUGGAGACCAAACAGAAGGCAUUUUCAGAGUACCAGGGGACAUAGAUGAAGUCAAUGCCCUCAAGCUGCAAGUGGAUCAAUGGAAAAUCCCUACAGGACUGGAAGACCCACACAUUCCUGCCUCUCUGCUGAAACUUUGGUACAGGGAGCUCGAAGAACCGCUUAUCCCUCACGAGUUUUAUGAGGAGUGUAUCACUCACUAUGACAACCCAGAAGCAGCUGUCGGUGUGGUGCUGGGCCUGCCACAUAUCAACAAACUGGUGCUCUGCUAUCUCAUUCGAUUCCUACAGGUAUUUGCCCAGCCUGCUAAUGUGGCCAUCACCAAAAUGGAUGUGAACAACCUGGCCAUGGUUAUGGCUCCCAACUGUCUGCGCUGCCAGUCUGAUGAUCCUAGGGUCAUCUUUGAAAAUACUCGCAAGGAGAUGUCCUUUAUCCGGGUGCUCAUCCAGCGGCUAGACACCAGUUUCAUGGAUGGAAUCCUAUAACCCCCAGCUGCACACAGUCAUCCUCCAUACUCACUCACUCCUGCUUCCUCCGCACUCCCUUUAACUUGCUCCAUCACAUUUCAGUACUGUCCAGCACAAGAACAUCGAAAUACACAUUUUAUUGCUGCUGGAUGCUUAAUCUCCAAUGUGUUUACUUUCCUAAAAGCAUCAGAAAACUGCCUUGAUUUGAAUAUGUCCAUUCAGCAUUUUCAGAUGAAACUGCUAUUUUUCUGUUUCUCCAGGCGUAGUUAACACUUGUGUUUUAUAUUAGCGUUACAAGGUUUUCACAUGACAAUACAGUGUGUGCCUUCACAUACAUUUCUACAGUAUACACUUAGGGUAGAGGAAUAGGAGGGAUUUAGGAAAGAUCUCAAUUCAUUAGAUUCAAAGGUUCAUUUUAGUUCUUGGAGUUCUGACCUCAAAGGUUGACUCCUUGUUGCUUAUUACAUAAUGUUCCUUUGUUUUUUCCUACUUCAGCGUACACCAGUGUCCCAGAGGAUUCCACUUUCUGCAAUCUUCAGUACUGUCCAAACAGUUAUAGAGCAGUAAAAAUCAUCGGCACAGGGAUCGGGUCAAGUUAUGGCAGCUGAAAACAUUUUGAAUUUUUGUUUGCUGCCAGUGAGAACAAAGCUGCUGUUCAAACACACUGCGUGCUGCAUUGUGUGUGACUGCAACAAUCAAACACAGAUCAAUUUCAUUUUAUUAAUGUAGCACCAAAUCACAACAAUA